GCAGCAGAGGAGGAGAAGAGGAGAAGAGGAGGCAGCCCAGGCAGCUCCAGUGGGUCCCCCUUCCUUCUCCCUUCUUCUCCAGCCCCAAAAAGAAGGGAAAGAGUGGGGCAGAGAGGAGGAGGAGAGAAAGACAGGGGUCUCCUCCUGAGCUUCGCCAGAGAGAGAGAGAGAGAGCCAGCACUGCUGAUCCCAGCCUCUUCCCAGGGAGGCAGCCAAGCCAAGCCAAGCCCCCGCGACCCCCGGGGCUGCUGCUGCUGCUGCUGGAGGAGGAAGAAGAAGAAGAGGAGAAGGUUGGGAAAGCUUGCAAGGAAAGAAGGGAGCAAAGGAGGGAAGGCAGGAGCGAGAGCCCCGGGGCAAGAUGCGGUUGCUGCUGCUGAGGCUGGCCCUGGUGGGGCUGCUGCUGGUCUCCUUCCCUUCCCCGGGAGAAGGGGCCGCCGAGGGCAACGGGUUGGAAGCGGAUGCCUCUGUUGCUGCUGCUGCUGCUGCCUCUGCUGCCUCCGCCCCGAAGGAACCCAUCAGCCGAGCCAGUCGGGCCAAGAGGCGAGGGCAGGCCGGGGGCGCCGUGGGACACGAUGCACUCAAAGGACCCAAUGUAUGUGGAUCGCGUUACAAUGCCUACUGUUGUCCUGGGUGGAAAACUUUACCAGGUGGAAACCAGUGCAUAGUCCCGAUUUGUAGACAUUCCUGUGGAGAUGGAUUUUGCUCAAGACCAAACAUGUGCACAUGUCCAAGUGGCCAGAUUGCCCCAUCCUGUGGCUCAAAAUCAGUGCAACACUGCAACAUCAGAUGUAUGAAUGGCGGUACCUGUAGUGAUGACCAUUGCCUCUGCCAGAAGGGAUACACCGGGACACACUGUGGACAGCCUGUGUGUGAAAGUGGGUGCCUGAAUGGAGGAAGAUGUGUUGCCCCAAACAGAUGUGCCUGCACUUAUGGCUUUACUGGACCUCAGUGUGAAAGAGAUUAUAGGACUGGGCCAUGCUUCACUUUGGUAACCAACCAGAUGUGCCAGGGGCAGCUCAGUGGCAUCGUCUGCACCAAAACCCUCUGCUGUGCAACUGUUGGAAGAGCAUGGGGCCACCCGUGUGAAAUGUGUCCAGCUCAGCCUCAUCCCUGCCGUCGGGGGUUCAUUCCAAACAUCCGAACAGGAGCUUGUCAAGAUGUGGAUGAAUGCCAAGCUAUCCCUGGGAUCUGUCAAGGGGGAAAUUGCAUUAAUACUGUUGGAUCUUUUGAGUGCAAAUGCCCAGCUGGACACAAGUUUAAUGAAGUGACACAAAAAUGUGAUGAUAUUGAUGAAUGCAAUACAAUCCCUGGAAUCUGUGACGGAGGAGAAUGUUCCAAUACUAUUAGCAGUUACUUUUGCAAAUGUCCUUCUGGAUAUUAUACAUCCCCAGAUGGCUCUAGGUGCAUAGAUGUACGUCCUGGAUACUGCUUUUCUUCUCUCACCAAUGGCCGUUGUGGCAACCAGCUCCAACAGGUGCUAACCAAAAUGCAGUGCUGUUGUGACUCUGGACGAUGCUGGUCUCCUGGAGCCACUAGUGCCCCAGAAAUGUGUCCCAUUCGUGCCACUGAGGAAUUCCGCAAACUAUGCAUACUUGGAAGCCUUUUGCCUGCAAGACCAGAAGUCCCUGGCGUCCCAGGCCUUCCUCCUCCUGUUUUUCCACCCGAUGUAUAUCCCCCACCAGUCUUUCCACCGGACUUGGUUGUACCAUCUCGUAGACCAAUAGUACCACCAGCCGUUUUACCUGUUAAUGUCACUCGGCCUCAAGCCAACAUCUGCCAGUUAUACCAAAAUCUCUGCAUUAAUGGACGCUGUGUCCCAACUCCUGGAAGUUACCGUUGUGAAUGCAAGAAAGGAUUUGAACUGGACCUUAGAGGGGAAUGCAUUGAUGUUGACGAAUGUGAGAGGAAUCCCUGUAUUGGUGGAGACUGUGUAAAUACACAAGGAUCCUAUAUAUGCCAGUGCCGUCCUGGGUAUCAAAGCACCUUGAUGAGAACAGAAUGCCGAGAUAUUGACGAAUGCUUGCAGAAUGGCCGGAUAUGUAACAACGGGAGAUGCAUUAACACAGACGGCAGUUUCCACUGUGUUUGCAAUGCUGGUUUUCAUGUGUCAGCUGAUGGAAAGAACUGUGAAGAUAUGGAUGAAUGCAGCAUACGGAAUAUGUGUCUCAAUGGCAUGUGCAUCAAUGAAGAUGGAAGUUUUAAGUGUAUUUGCAAACCUGGUUUUCAGCUAGCUUCAGAUGGACGUUACUGCAGAGAUAUCGAUGAGUGUGAGACACCUGGAAUCUGUAUGAAUGGGCGCUGUGUGAAUACCGAUGGCUCCUUCAGGUGCGAAUGUUUCCCAGGCCUUGCUGUGGGACUGGACGGACGCGUGUGUGUUGACACGCACAUGCGGAGCACAUGUUAUGGUGAAUACAGAAGAGGUCAAUGUGUUAAACCAUUAUCUGGAGCAGUUACUAAAUCAGAAUGUUGUUGUGCCAGCACUGACUAUGCCUUUGGGGAACCGUGCCAGCCUUGUCCUGCACAAAGCUCAGAUGAAUAUCAUGGUCUUUGUAGCAGUGGUCCAGGCAUAACAGCAACUGGAACUGAUAUCAAUGAAUGUGCUCUGGAUCCUGACAUUUGUCCAAAUGGAAUCUGUGAAAAUCUGCGUGGAACAUACAAGUGCAUCUGUAAUUUUGGGUAUGAAGUGGAUUCAACUGGGAAAAACUGCUUAGACAUUGAUGAAUGUGCCUUGAACACAUUGCUCUGUGACAAUGGACAAUGCAGGAACACCCCUGGAAGUUUCACCUGUACCUGCCCCAAGGGAUUUGUAUACAAACCUGAUCUACAGACAUGUGAAGAUAUUGAUGAGUGUGAAUCCAGCCCCUGUGUUAAUGGAGUGUGCAAAAACACCCCUGGCUCUUUUGUCUGUGAAUGCUCCCCUGAAAGUUCUUUGGACGCAACAAAAACUGUCUGCAUUGAGACUGUUAAAGGCACUUGCUGGCAGACAAGUGUGAAUGGGAGAUGUGAAAUAAAUAUCAAUGGGGCAACUUUGAAAUCUCAGUGCUGUUCUUCACUUGGUGCUGCUUGGGGAAGUCCUUGUGUUCCAUGUGAACGAGAUCCAAUCUGUUCAAAAGGCUACUCAAGGAUAAGAGGAACACUGUGUGAAGAUGUCAAUGAGUGUGAAGUGUUUCCUGGAGUUUGCACAAAUGGAGUAUGUGUCAAUACUUUGGGAUCCUUUGUUUGCCAGUGUCCUAAUGGAAUGACUUUGGAUGCAACUGGACGGAAGUGUAUUGAUAUUCGCUUGGAGACAUGCUACCUGAAACAUGAUGAUGAAGACUGCACCUCACCAAUAGGAGGGCGACAUCGGCUGGAUGCUUGCUGCUGUUCAGUAGGUGCGGCCUGGGGGCCUGACUGCGAUGAAUGUCCUACAAAGGGAACCCCUGACUAUGAUGCACUUUGUCCAAGAGGACCUGGAUUUUCUAGCCGGGAUCCCAUCAAUGGAAAACCAUUCUUCAAAGAUAUCAACGAAUGCAAAAUGAUUCCAAGACUUUGCACCUAUGGGAAAUGCAGAAACACCAUUGGGAGUUUUCGAUGUAAAUGUGACAGUGGGUUUGCACUUGAUUCUGAAGAGAGAAACUGUACAGAUAUUGAUGAAUGUCGCAUUUCUCCUGACUUGUGUGGCCAAGGAAUUUGUGUGAAUACCCCUGGAGAUUUCCAUUGUGAAUGCUUUGAGGGCUAUGAAAGUGGAUUUAUGAUGAUGAAAAACUGCAUGGACAUAGAUGAAUGUGAAAGAAAUCCUCUGUUGUGCAGAGGUGGUGUCUGCAUAAACACUGAAGGGAGCUUCAAAUGUGAUUGUCCUCCAGGUCAUCAGUUGGCGCCAAACAUCUCUGCCUGUGUAGAUAUCAAUGAGUGUGAUUUGAGUAUGAAUUUAUGCAGAAAUGGACGCUGCGUCAAUCUUAUUGGAAAGUACCAGUGUGCCUGCAACCCUGGAUAUCACUCCACACCUGACAGAUUAUUUUGUGUUGAUAUUGAUGAGUGCAGUAUAAUGAACGGCGGAUGUGACACCUUCUGUACAAAUUCAGAAGGCAGCUAUGAAUGUAGCUGCAGACCAGGAUUUGCACUGAUGCCAGAUCAUAGAACUUGCACUGAUAUUGAUGAAUGUGAAGACAAUCCUAACAUCUGUGAUGGAGGCCAAUGUACUAACAUACCUGGAGAAUAUAGGUGCCUUUGUUAUGAUGGAUUCAUGACAUCUGAGGACAUGAAGACUUGUCUAGAUGUUAACGAAUGUGAACUGAACCCAAACAUCUGUCUGAGUGGAAGCUGUGAGAAUACAAAAGGCUCCUUUAUCUGUCACUGUGAUAUGGGCUAUUCUGGUAAAAAGGGAACAACUGGUUGCACAGAUAUUAAUGAAUGUGAAAUUGGAGCUCAUAAUUGUGAUCGGCAUGCUAUAUGUACAAACACAGCUGGAAGUUUCAAAUGCAGUUGCAGUCCAGGUUGGAUUGGAGAUGGUAUCAAAUGUACAGAUCUAGAUGAAUGCUCCAAUGGGACACACAUGUGCAGCCCACAUGCUGAUUGCAAAAACACCAUGGGCUCAUACCGCUGCUUAUGUAAAGAAGGAUAUUCUGGGGAUGGAUUCACAUGUGCAGAUAUUGAUGAAUGCUCAGAAAAUGUGAAUUUCUGUGAAAAUGGCCAGUGCCUAAAUGCUCCAGGAGGCUAUCGCUGUGAAUGCGAUAUGGGAUUUUUGCCAAGCCCAGAUGGGAAAGCCUGUGAAGAUAUUGAUGAAUGCAUCCUAGCUAAUAUUUGUGUCUAUGGGACUUGUCUCAACCUCCCUGGUCUGUUCCGAUGCCAAUGUGAGACAGGAUACGAAUUGGACAGAAGUGGCGGUAACUGCACAGAUAUCAACGAGUGUGCAGAUCCUACAACUUGCAUCAGUGGUACUUGCCUCAAUAUCCCAGGCAGUUACACCUGCGAAUGCCCCCCAGAUUUUGAACUGAACCCCACUCGUGUUGGAUGUGUUGAUACGCGUUCUGGUUACUGUUACUUGGAAAUCAAACCUCGAGGAGAUAAUGGAGAUACAGCUUGCAGCAAUGAAAUUGGGGUUGGAGUUUCCAAGGCUUCUUGCUGCUGUUCCCUUGGUAAAGCAUGGGGAAUUCCUUGUGAACAGUGUCCAGCUGUGAAUUCAACUGAAUACAAGCAGCUAUGUCCCGGAGGAGAAGGAUUCCGUCCCAAUCCUAUUACAGUUAUUUUGGAGGAUAUUGAUGAGUGUCAGGAGCUACCUGGACUCUGCCAAGGAGGACAAUGUAUCAAUUCAUUUGGUAGCUUUCAGUGCCAGUGUCCAUCCGGCUACUAUUUGAACGAAGAGACUCGAGUGUGUGAUGAUAUCGAUGAAUGUACUACACCUGGCAUCUGCGGACCUGGUACUUGCUACAAUACCAUAGGGAACUACACUUGUAUUUGUCCGCCAGACUACAUGCAAGUUAAUGGUGGAAACAACUGUAUGGAUAUGAGAAGGAGUUUGUGCUACAGAAACUAUUAUGCUGACAACCAAACUUGUGACGGAGAGCUGCUCUUUAACAUGACCAAAAAAAUGUGCUGCUGUUCCUACAACAUUGGACGAGCCUGGAAUAGGCCUUGUGAACAAUGUCCAAUCCCAAGCACUGAUGAAUUUUCAACCCUAUGUGGAAGUCAAAGGCCUGGUUUCUUCAUAGACAUUUACACAGGGUUACCUGUUGAUAUUGAUGAAUGCCGUGAGAUCCCUGGGGUGUGUGAAAAUGGAGUCUGUAUAAACCUGGUUGGCAGUUUCCGAUGUGAAUGUCCAGCAGGAUUCUUCUACAAUGACAAAUUACUAAUCUGUGAAGAUAUUGAUGAAUGCCAAAAUGGUCAUGUGUGUCAACAAAAUGCAGAUUGCAUCAACACACCAGGCAGCUAUCGCUGUGAUUGCAAACCUGGGUAUCGGUUCACACCUGUAGGCCGAUGUGUUGAUCGCAAUGAGUGUCAAGAGAUACCUAACAUUUGUAGUCAUGGUGAUUGCAUAGAUCAAGAGGGAGGAUAUAUUUGUCGUUGCCACACUGGAUUCAAAACCAAUGAAGAUCAAACUAUGUGUGUAGAUAUUAAUGAAUGUGAACGAGAUCCCUGUGGAAAUGGCACAUGUAGGAAUACGGUCGGCUCUUUCAACUGUCGCUGCCAUACAGGAUUCAUCCUUUCUCACAACAAUGACUGUAUAGAUAUUGAUGAAUGUGCCAGUGGCAAUGGAAAUUUGUGCAGAAAUGGCCGGUGCAUCAACACUAUUGGGUCUUUCCAGUGUCUCUGCAACGAUGGUUAUGAGAUGCCUCCAGAUGGAAGGGUCUGUGUUGACAUAAAUGAAUGUGCACUGGAGCCUGGUAAAUGUGCACCUGGUACAUGUCAAAAUCUGGAUGGUACAUACAGAUGCAUCUGUCCUCCUGGAUAUGUCCUACAGGAUGACAACUGCAAUGAUAUUGAUGAAUGUGCAGAAGAAGCAGAGAUCUGUGCAUUGGGCACAUGCAGCAAUACCCCAGGCAGCUUUGUUUGCCUGUGUCCUGAAGGAUUUAUAGUAUCUUUAACUGGACGCAGGUGUCAAGAUCAGAGAGUAAGCUACUGUUAUACUAAAUUUGAAGAUGGGAAAUGUACCGUUCCCAAAUCCAGAAACCAUUCUAAGCAAGAAUGUUGCUGCAAUAUGCAUGGGGAAGGUUGGGGCGAUCCAUGUGAACUGUGCCCACCAGAAGGAGCAGAAGCUUAUCGCCAAAUCUGUCCAUUUGGAUCUGGCAUUCUGGUGGGCCCUCGUGGUGAACCAAUUGAUGCGGAUGAAUGUCUGGAUCCAGACAACUGUAAACAUGGCCAGUGUAUCAAUACAGAUGGUUCCUUCCGCUGUGAGUGCCCAUUUGGUUAUGUGCUUCAAGGAAAUGAAUGUGUAGAUACGGAUGAAUGCUCUGUAGGAACCCCUUGUGGAAAUGGAACUUGUAAAAACAUUAUUGGAAGUUUUGAAUGCACCUGUGAGGAAGGAUUUGAGCCAGGACCCAUGGUAACAUGUGAAGAUGUAAAUGAAUGUGCUCAGAAUCCACUUCUUUGUGCUUUCCGGUGUGUGAAUACCUAUGGAUCAUACGAAUGCAAAUGUCCUGCUGGCUACAUUCUUAGAGAAGACAAGCGAAUGUGUAAAGAUCAGAAUGAGUGCGAAGAAGGAAUUCAUGACUGUGACUCAAAGCUAAUGACGUGCAAAAAUCUGAUAGGCACAUACAUGUGCAUAUGUGGACCAGGAUUUCAACGCAGGCCAGAUGGUGAAGGUUGCGUAGAUGAAAAUGAAUGUCAAACCAAACCUGGUUUGUGUGAAAAUGGACGCUGUAUAAACACACAAGGAAGCUUCCGAUGCGAAUGUCAUGAUGGUUUCAAUGUCAAUGAAGCUCAAAAUGAAUGCAUAGACACCAGAGAGGGCUACUGCUUCACUGAAGUCUUGCAGAGCAUGUGUCAGAUUGGAUCAAGCAACAGGAACCCCGUAACCAAGUCUGAAUGCUGUUGUGAUGGUGGGCGAGGAUGGGGACCCAACUGUGAAAUCUGCCCCUUCAUGGGCACUGUAGCCUUCAAAAAACUUUGUCCUCAUGGCCGUGGAUUCACAACUGAUGGAUCAGAUAUUGACGAGUGCAAAGUUAUUCAUGAUGUCUGUGAGAAUGGAAAGUGUAUCAACGAGAGAGGAUCAUACCGUUGUGAUUGCAAAGAGGGCUACACAACAGAUAUCACAGGAACUCUCUGUAUGGAUCUCAAUGAGUGCAACCAGUCACCAAAGCCUUGCAAUUUUAUCUGCAAAAAUACAGAGGGGAGUUACCAGUGCUCUUGCCCCAAAGGCUACAUUUUGCAAGAAGAUGGGAGAAGCUGCAAAGAUCUUGACGAAUGUGCAACCAAACAACACAACUGCCAGUUCCUCUGUGUUAACACCAUUGGCGGCUUUACUUGUAAAUGUCCCCCUGGAUUUACUCAACAUCAUUCAGCAUGUAUUGAUAACAACGAAUGUGCCUCUGACAUCAAUCUUUGUGGAUCUAAGGGCAUUUGUCAAAACACACCCGGAAGCUUCACUUGUGAAUGUCAGCGUGGCUUUUCACUUGACCAGACUGGUGCCAGUUGUGAAGAUGUUGAUGAGUGUGACGGAAAUCAUCGAUGCCAGCAUGGUUGCCAGAAUAUAAUUGGAGGAUACAGGUGCAGUUGUCCACAAGGAUAUCUCCAGCACUAUCAGUGGAACCAAUGUGUCGAUGAAAAUGAAUGUCUCAGUGCCCAUAUUUGUGGUGGAGCAUCUUGCCACAACACUUUGGGAAGCUACAAAUGCAUGUGCCCUACUGGAUAUCACUAUGAGCAGUUCAGUGGAGCAUGCCAAGAUGUCAAUGAGUGUGGUUCUUCACAAGCACCAUGCAGUUAUGGGUGUUCAAACACAGAAGGUGGUUAUGUCUGUGGAUGCCCACCGGGGUAUUUCCGAAUAGGACAAGGGCAUUGUGUUUCUGGCAUGGGACUGGGGAAGGGUCAUGGCCAAGACUUAGCAGUCAGUGGUGAAGUCGAUGACAAUUCACUUUCUCCAGAAGCUUGCUAUGACUGUAAAAUCAAUGGCUAUCCUAAGCGGGGUAGGAAACGACGAAGCGCAAAUGAAACAGAUGCACUUGAUGCAGAGGAUCAGCCUGAGAUGGAGGCAGCCGUUAACCUUGCCAGCUGGGAUAUUGAAAAGCCAGCUACCCUUUCUUUCAACAUCUCUGAUAUUAAUAACAAAGAUCGUAUCUUGAAACUGAUCCCUGCUCUCACAACACUGACAAAUCACAACCGAUAUUUAAUAGACCAUGGGAAUGAAGGAGGUUUCUUUCGGAUUAACCAGAGAGAAGGAGUAAGCUUCCUUCACUUAACAAAGAAGAAGCCAGUGCCUGGAACAUACUCAUUACAGAUCAGUAGUAUUCCACUUUAUAAAAAGAAGGAACUCAACCAGCUUGAAGAUAAGCAUGACAAAGACUACCUCAGUGGUGAGCUAGGAGACAACCUGAAAAUGAAAAUUGAAAUUUUGCUUCAUUAAUCCACCAACCAGAGACCGAUAAUUAAAACCAAAGAUAGCUAGGCAAGACUUGAAUGUUUUAUUUCCCAAUAAGGUUCUCCAUAUCACAGGUACAAUCCUUCAUGAAUGCAUUUGAACACGUGAGCACUAUUCCAUUUCGACAUAAGCAAGGUACAAGAAGAAAUCUGUAGCUCACAGCAACCACUUUCUCAGGCUUCUUGGAAAAUGUAUACUUUGAUAUGCUGAACCUUGAAUAGCAGGACUGCUGUUGGAGGUUGGCCACAGAUGUCAAAAAGCUAUCAGCAGGGAUUCAAGAACACAAGUUCCAUCAAUGGAUUCUUCUGUUUGUAAAACCAAUCUUAAAAAUCUGCUUCUUCAACUACAUCUUACUAGGUCAGCCGUUUAUGAUAUCCUUUUGGUGCUAGAAAAAAAAUGUCCAUUUAGAUUUUAUAAAUGCACUGUAAUAUGUACAUGACUUAGAAGCCAAAGAAAUUGCAAUUACUCAGUCUAAAUGCAUCAAUCAACCAAAGUUUAGCUCAGUAGUUUAUUUCAGUUAUACCUAUAAUACAGUACAUGUAAAUUAAAGUGUGUGUAUACUGUAACCAAGCUAUUUUUAUCCAUGAAGCAUUUGUAAACUAGAUUAAUAACACCUUCCAUGCGAGGGUUUAUAAUGGUGCUUAUAAGAACAACUACUUAACUGUAUACACAAAUCUGGUGAUGAAAUUUCUGUGACAAUCAAAAUGCACUGAGGUCAGUGGGGAUCAUGAAACAUUCUCAAAAUUCACAUGACACAGUGCAAGCUGCAGUUACACCAUGACAAUGUAACACAUGUCAAAGAGUGCCUACCAUGAUUCAUAUCAAAAAGGGUUCAAUGUCAAAUGUCACAAUAAAACAGUUCUUUUUUUA